AUGAGCGACAUGACCGACAUGAAGAAGAAAGACGUGGCUGUCGCAACUGGCGAGAGUCAGAACUUCGACCACAGCAAAGACCUUGACGGCUGGGACGACUGCAGCAUCGAGGUUACACCAGCGGAGGAGACUGACUUCGACAUGCGCUCUUCUACAGACAGCAAAGAGAGCAAGAACACCAAGACUUCUUGUGCUCGCUCUGAAGACUGUGACACGGACGCUUCCUCUCUCGACGAAUUCGAGGACGCCUUCGAAUACGUUAGUCGCAUGGAUGUUCCCCCGAACCCUAUCAAAACUUUGCAACAAAUACACGCAGUACACGUCGCAGGGACACACAAUCAUAUCCUGCCUCCUUAUCGCAUCAAAGGUGACACGGCAGAUCUGCUCACUACGACAUACCAUCCGGAUUCUCCAGAAGGCAAGGCUCUGCGAGCGACAUACGAAGCUCAAUAUGAGAAAUUUCGGCCAGCGUACGAGGCGGAGACCGACCCUCAAUACGACCACUGGGAGUACGACCAAGCUGUCGCGGAUCUCAAAGACUAUCGCCACGGUCUCAAGGUCGUUCACGUGCGUGGCUUCACCGGAGAAAUUCCUACCAUCUUCUAUGAUGUCGUCUGUGACGAGACCUGUCCUCAGUAUCAAGACAACCUGGCGAAGCAAAUCAGCAGAGCAGCACAGAGGCUGAAACAGGAUUGGUGGGACGAUCUUGAUCUGGGAGGACUAUUCUGA